AUGGCGGGCAGCGUGGACGAGGAGGCGCUGCACCAGCUGUACCUGUGGGUAGACAACAUCCCUCUGUCCCGGCCCAAGCGAAAUCUCUCCAGGGACUUCAGUGACGGAGUCCUGGUCGCAGAAGUCAUCAAGUUUUACUUCCCCAAGAUGGUGGAGAUGCACAAUUAUGUCCCUGCCAACUCUCUCCAACAGAAGCUCAGCAACUGGGGUCACCUAAACAGGAAGGUGCUGAACAAACUGAACUUCUCCGUACCAGAAGAUGUGAUGCGCAAAAUCGCGCAAUGCGCGCCGGGCGUGGUGGAGUUAGUGCUCAUUCCGCUGAGGCAGCGCCUGGAGGAGCGGCAGAGGCUCAGGAAGCAGCGCAUGAGCUCCUUACAGGAGCUGGCUCCCCAGGAUGGCACUGGCUACAUGGAUGUGGGUUUGUCCCAGAAGGCCCGAGGGGAAGGUGCCCCAGACCCCCAGGGAGGGGGGCAGGUCAGGUGGGGCCGGCUGCCCCCGCCCGGGCCUCCGGGAUAUGGCCAGGCAGUGCAGGGCGGCGACCCAAGCUUCGUCCUCCAGAUCGCUGAAAAAGAGCAGGAGUUGUUGGCUUCGCAGGAGACCGUGCAGGUCCUGCAGAUGAAGGUGAGGCGUUUGGAGCACUUGCUCCAGCUCAAGAACGUGCGCAUCGACGACCUCUCCCGGCGGCUCCAGCAGGCAGAGCGUAAGCAGCGGUGAGCCGUGGCCCGGGCCACGCUGGGACGCCCCAGUACCCGCCUGAGCCCAGACG